AAUAGACUGACAAAAGAAUCAAUAUUAGCCACAUGAUUUUUACAGACGUGAUUAUAUAUAUAUUAAGGAAACAAGCAAGCAGUAGGGAGCAUGGAGAGACAAGCCAGUGUCACCAUGGAAGUGAAGGAAGUUCUGUCAAUGAACGGAGGAGAUGGAGAAAACAGCUUUGCUCAAAACUCAAGAUUCACGAGAAAGAUCAUUUCCAUAACAAAGCCCGUACUGGUGAAGGCCAUACAAGAUCUCUUCUCCAACAGCUUCUCCUCUGAGAUCUUGACUGUUGCUGAUUUGGGUUGUUCAUGUGGGCCCAACACCAUGUCCGUAGUUUCGACGAUCAUCAGCACCGUAGAGAAGAUAACUCACGAAUCGAACCGGCCAUUGCCUGAAUUUCAAGUGUUUUUGAAUGAUCUUCCUGGAAACGAUUUCAACUCCGUUUUCAAGGGUUUGCCAGCCUUCUAUAGAGAAAUGAUGGAAGGAAAAGAGAAAAAUGGAUUAUCUUGUUUUAUAGGUGGAUUUCCAGGUUCAUUUCAUGGGAGGCUUUUUCCAAAGAACAGCUUACACUUGGUACAUUCUUCUUACAGUGUUCAUUGGCUCUCUCAGGUUCCUCAAGGUCUCUAUAGUAAAGAAGGGCUGGCAUUGAACAAGGGGAAGAUGUACAUAUCUAAGACGAGCCCACCAUGCGUUUGGAAAGCCUACCUCGAUCAGUUUCAAAAGGAUUUCUACUUAUUCUUGAAGUCGAGAUCAUAUGAGGUGGGGCCCAGUGGUGCAAUGGUCCUUGUACUUUCUGGCAGAUCAACGGAUGAUCCAUCAAGUAAGGAGAGCUGUUACCAGUGGGAAUUAUUAGCUGAAGCACUUUCAUGGAUGGUUUCAGAGGGAUUUGUUACUGAGGAAAAGGUGGACUCUUUCGAUGUGCCUUACUACACCCCAUCGGUAGAGGAAGUUGGGGAGGUUGUAGAAAAAGAAGGAUCCUUCGAGAUUGAUCAAUUAGAGAUGUUUGAACUUGGUGUUGGGGAUGAAGAGGAGAAGGACAAGUGGGUGAACGGAGAAAAGGUGGCUAGGAACAUCAGGUCCUUCACAGAGCCGUUGAUUUCAUACCAUUUCGGACAAGAAAUUACAGAGCGUCUAUUUCAGAAGUUUACUGAGAUUGUCGUUAAGGAUUUGGCCAAGGAAAGAACCAUGGCGACAAGCAUUGUCGUUGUAAUGAGGAAAAUUUAAGUGACUUGCUCUAUAUGGGUUCACAUGUUUGAGCUAUAUAUGAUAAAGAAAUCUGAUGGUCUGGAUUUUGAAA